AUGUUAAUCCUGGCCACGGCGUGCUGGCGAACUUGCUCUCCUAAGGAGCCACGUGAUACACGAGUAUUUCCGGUCAAGACGAAUUUGGCUGAAGAAACCUUGGAGCAGCCUCGCUCCUCACAAAUAGCACAAAACGCUAGCCAUCAUUCAAACUCAAUCUUCCUACCCAUGUUCUACCUUUCAGAAAGCUUAUCCGCUGCUCUUCUCCCUCCUCCCACAAAUUUCCACUGUCAUAUCAUGACAGCUUUCCUUGUGCUUUCUUCCUGCAGUUUCCUUCAGACCUGUAACUUGGCUCUCUCCAUCAUUUUGUUCGAUAGUUUCCCUCAGAUUGUUUCUUUCCGCUCCUACUGGUCGGUGUCCACCGCAAUAUAUAUUCGUCCACAAUACCUUUUCCUCUUACGGCAUGACUUGCUUUGUGAUGCUCAACGUAAUUCGACCUCCUCUUACUUCAACCUCGUUUCUCUCCUCAAACAAAAGUUGAUUGUGAGCCCCCUCAAGCAUUUGUUGCCUGAUGAGUACGCAGCACUCUCAAUUGUGUUCCCGUUUCCAGUUUCCUCGAAAGCUUCUUACAAGCGGAACUACGCUUUCCUCGGUCGAGUCCCAGUAAAAUUCCUUCCACUGACCCUAUCAGUUUUAUUAUCUUCCAAGCCGAGUCCAUCGCGAAUAUGUGUCUAUCAGACGCUGAGCAUGGGGAGAGGGACAUUUUUAUUGAACUGCAAUAUUUCUCAAUCAAUGAUUAGAAGGGCAAUAUCAGACUCGGGCCAACCUUCCCCAAACGGCGAGCCCUCACCUGCCAGAAAUUCUCCACCGCUAGCUAACACUCGACUAACAUCGAACUCUUUGAAUUAUUCUUCCGGUGGUAAUACUCUUGACGUGGUGGGCUGUCUCUCAGAAACACCAAGCAACCACCUUUGGAUCAAACGAGAAAUCCCUCAACCCCACGUUGGCUUCAUUCCUCGCCAGCAACCUAAAGCCGCCAGCUUGAGAAGGGACUUCGACCACCACCACUCAUUUUUCGGAAAUAUAGAAGAAUUUCAAGGCAUGAAGAAUGAUGCAGACAGAGGUGGAGCGAGCACAAAGGUCUUUCACAUUCGGCCUGACUUCACUACCUUUGUGCAAGAAUCGGGUGAACGCCUAACUCAAAAUGUCAAUCCUGUGCCAGUAUUCUACUACCAGUAUCUUAAUCCAGGAGCAGGGAGACGAGGGCUAGAACCCUUCUCGUUCCCCGAAGAACAAUCUUGGAGGUAUAACGACUUUGCGACAGAAAAUCUAAAAGUAACACACGUCGCGGAAACGCUAGAUAUAAGACUUGCGUACAAUGACACAAUCCCAAUAUAUCAAACUGUUCAAGCAUCUGUAGGCAACUUCGGCAAUCUACCUCUUACUCUCAAUGGAAAGUCUACGAUGUCUCCUACACAUGCCAUGAACAUUCUUCAAUAUUGGCCCUCCUCAAUGUCGGCAGGUCUACAACUGCCUUCUACGAGCCUCUUCUACGUGUAUAAAUUAGAGUACAGAUACUGUUGUAAACCCCGCGACGGAAUUUCUACGACGUGGACAAGGCGAAAAAUUCCAUAUCAAUCCUGGAUCAAGUGUAUCACUUCUUUAGGUAGAACUCCCACUCGGAAAUCCUUCACAAAGAAAUAUGGAACUCAAUGGACGCUGGCGGAUUAUUUCGAGAGCCAGGACCUUGAGGUUGUGGAGAAGCAGCCUUUGAAGAUCAAGUUUGUUGGCAAUACUAAUACAACUAUGAUCAAAGCAGGAGGCUCGGUGUCACAUGGCAGAGCGGCUAGAGCGUGGUAUACGGGAGGAAACCAGAGAUCAUAUUUGAGCGCAGAAACUGACAGAAAGAUAGAAACUCAGAAGGCAGAAUCGGGAGUCCUUUGUCUCAAUCCGCAAAAGGGGAGCGAGUAUGCCAACCACUCCCCGAUUUCAAGGAUGAACACCAAAUUGUUUGAAAUAAGAGGGAUUGGAGAUAUGAAGAUCAGCUGCAAAUCUAAAACUAGGCAAUUAUAUCAGCAUCGAACUUUCUGA